CCGCGCUCGCUCUCUCGCUCUAUUCUAGUUCAACUUCUCGUUCCCCCCUCCGUUCGUCGUCGAACUCCAUCCGAUUUCGUGGCGCCGCGCCCAAGAAAUGGCGUUCGAGAAGAUCAAGGUCUUCAACCCCAUCGUCGAGAUGGACGGGGAUGAAAUGACUCGAGUCUUUUGGAAAUCAAUCAAAGAAAAGCUCAUUUUUCCAUUCUUGGACCUGGAUAUCAAGUACUUUGACUUGGGACUACCUAACCGUGAUGCUACAGAUGAUAAAGUCACAAUAGAAAGUGCAGAAGCUACACUUAAUUAUAAUGUAGCAAUCAAAUGUGCAACAAUAACUCCAGAUGAAGCUCGGGUUAAGGAGUUCAACCUGAAAUCCAUGUGGAAGAGCCCCAAUGGAACAAUCAGGAAUAUUUUGAAUGGCACUGUAUUUAGAGAGCCAAUUAUCUGUAAAAACAUCCCACGGCUUGUUCCAGGAUGGACAAAGCCAAUAUGCAUUGGGAGACAUGCUUUUGGUGAUCAGUAUCGUGCAACUGAUACAGUAAUUAAAGGGCCUGGAAAGCUUAAAUUAGUUUUCGAGGGAAAAGAUGAGGAAGUUGAACUAGAGGUUUUCAACUUCACUGGUGCAGGUGGAGUUGCCUUAUCAAUGUACAACACUGAUGAGUCAAUUCGUGCAUUUGCGGAUGCUUCCAUGGCUACUGCUUACCAAAAGAAAUGGCCCCUUUAUCUUAGCACCAAAAAUACAAUUUUGAAAAAAUAUGAUGGAAGGUUCAAGGAUAUAUUCCAAGAGGUCUAUGAAACUGAAUGGAAAUCCAAGUUUGAGGCUGCAGGAAUUUGGUAUGAGCAUCGUCUAAUUGAUGACAUGGUUGCUUAUGCACUUAAGAGUGAAGGUGGUUAUGUUUGGGCUUGCAAAAACUACGACGGAGAUGUACAGAGUGAUUUCUUAGCUCAAGGUUUUGGAUCUCUUGGCCUGAUGACAUCAGUGUUGGUGUGCCCUGAUGGGAAAACCAUUGAAGCUGAAGCUGCACAUGGAACAGUAACCCGCCAUUACCGGGUUCACCAAAAAGGUGGUGAAACCAGUACAAACAGUAUAGCUUCCAUCUUUGCCUGGUCAAGAGGGCUUGCUCACAGGGCAAAGCUAGAUGACAAUGCCAGGCUCCUUGAUUUUACUGAGAAAUUGGAAGCAGCUUGUGUUGGAACUGUUGAGUCUGGGAAAAUGACCAAAGAUCUUGCACUUCUCAUACACGGAUCCAGCGUUACUCGAGCCCAGUACCUCAACACUGAAGAAUUCAUUGAUGCGGUGGCAUCUGAGCUGAGAGCAAGACUUUCUGCCUAAACCCGUAAGCCCAGCCCCUUCAGGAACAGGUUCGUGUAGCUUGGAGUUUCAGAAGGGUGGGCUCGCAGAUGAGUGUCCUUCUAAUCUGGUAUUUUUUUGUCAUCGAAAAGAAACCGAUAUUUCGAUCGUCAUGCACUGUUAAUUAUUUUGAGAAUUGUGUUGUGUGUUUUACGCCUGUGUCAAAAUUUAGGGACUAGUGUUAUCAAACUGAGUCAUAAAUCAGUGAACUAUUAAAGUAGGAACAGCAGCAAACUCAAGAAUAUUCGGCAUUAUUGCUACAUCAUCUGCAUGGAUAGAUGUACAAACAUUAAGAUUCUUAUAUAAUUUUGAACAA